GGCCAAACAAAAGGUCAAAUCAAUCCAGAAACAAAUAAUAAGACAAAGAGAAAAAGAGCCAAUCCUAUUGGUUGGUUACCAACCAAACGACGAUCUCAAUAAAACGACGCCGGUUUUGUCUUCUCCUCCUUGCUCUUAUCAAAUAUUUCCUGGGAAUUAUUACCUCCCCUGCCCCAAAAGUUCCUCUCCUCCUCCCUUUACUGUUGCAGAACCACUCUACUAAUCGCCGAUAACUAAAAACGCUUUCUUUUUUGUUAACCGACUCUUUCAACUCAGUGACUCAUCUUAAAAAUCUGCGGCCGGGUGUUGAGGUUCAGCUCGGUGAUGUGGUCGUGAGUUCUUUUCUGUGGGUGUAGAACAGGAAACUGAAAAAAGAGAAAAUGGAUCGGGCAGGCAUAACGGUCGGACCCGCUAUGGAUAUGCCGAUCAUGCACGAAAGUGACCGUUACGAUUUCGUAAGAGAUAUCGGGUCGGGUAAUUUCGGAGUCGCCCGGCUUAUGAGAGAUAGGGUUACCAAGGAGCUCGUAGCUGUCAAAUACAUCGAGAGAGGCGAUAAGAUAGAUGAAAAUGUGCAAAGAGAAAUUAUUAAUCAUAAGUCAUUGAGGCAUCCAAAUAUUGUUAGAUUUAAAGAGGUUAUUUUGACACCUACUCAUCUUGCCAUUGUAAUGGAGUAUGCAUCGGGGGGAGAGCUUUUCGAGCGAAUUUCUGCUGCUGCUGCUGGUCGAUUCAAUGAGGAUGAGGCUCGAUUCUUCUUUCAACAACUUAUAUCUGGUGUUAGUUAUUGCCAUGCAAUGCAAGUGUGCCACCGUGAUUUGAAGUUGGAAAACACUUUGUUGGAUGGAAGUCCAGCUCCUCGGCUUAAGAUAUGUGAUUUUGGGUACUCCAAGUCUUCAGUGCUUCAUUCGCAACCAAAAUCCACUGUUGGAACUCCUGCAUAUAUUGCUCCUGAGGUACUCCUAAGGCAAGAAUAUGAUGGCAAGAUUGCGGAUGUAUGGUCAUGUGGGGUUACCUUGUAUGUAAUGCUAGUUGGGGCAUAUCCUUUUGAGGAUCCUGAUGAGCCAAGAGACUUUCGGAAGACAAUACAAAGAAUUCUGAGUGUCCAGUACUCCAUUCCUGAUUUUGUCCAAAUAUCUCCUGAGUGUCAACAUCUGAUUUCAAGGAUUUUUGUUGCAGAUCCUAUAGCCAGAAUCACAAUUCCAGAAAUUAGAAAUCAUGAGUGGUUCUUAAAGAAUCUCCCUGUUGAACUAAUGGAUGAAAACACAAUGGAUAACCACUUUGAGGAGCCUGAUCAACCAAUGCAGAGCACAGACACAAUCAUGCAGAUAAUUGCUGAGGCCACCAUUCCAGCUGCUGGGGCUUAUGGCUUAAACCAUUACAUGCCAGAUUUCCUUGAUGAUGAGGACAUGGAUGACCUGGAUUCCGAAUCUGAGCUUGAUGUUGAUAGCAGUGGUGAGAUAGUCGAUGCAAUGUAAUAUGAAGAAGACAGCUUCUCCGCAAUGAUGCAGUUGUUUUGCACAUAUCAACAUGUGAAGAACUAGCUCCAGAGAAUUUAUGCUAGACUGCCAGGUAAAGUAUCAGAGACAAAAACUGUAGUGACAUGCACGAUGCUGGUCUCAAAACUGUCAUGGUCCAUUGUGUCCAUUAUGUUAAUAGCAUUAAGCUUUUCACAAAUCUGUGGAAGAAAUUGAUAUUUAAUACUACUUUACAAGGGAAAGAUCACUGGAAAAAGAUUCUAUAUCGGAUGAUCAUCUCCCCAACUUCCACAUCCUCUCCUUCCCCUUGAACUCUCACUUGUAUUUUGACAAUGGUCGUGUACUUUUUGCUUGUUUCUGUUUUUUUUGCAGUUGAAUAUAAAUAUAUGUCUACUUUGUGUAAUACUUACCCUUUAAGUUUUAACAUAGAAUAGAAGAUUUGGCAUGUUAACCUACAAUUGGGCCUCCAUCUCUGUAUAAAAUUCUUGAUUUUCAAAUUUCUCAUUAACCACAACCGCAUUAUUCAGCAAAAUUUUCUUCAUAAAUCAAUUACACAACCAAAAACGCUUAAAAGAAGCAUUUCAUAUCCUUAAUCAAAUCUAAAAACCUCCAGCUUUUAGUUACUAAACCCUCAUGUUUGUUAGAUGCCCGGAAAUUGUUUGAUGAAAUGAGUGAACAGGAUUUGUGUUCUUGGAAUACUUUGAAAUCUGGAUAUGCUAAAAUGGGAAUGGUUAAAGAAGUGAAGAAGUUGUUUGAUGAAAUGACCGGUAAUUUUUCGUGAAACGCAAUGAUUUUGGGUUAUGUUCAAUUUUUAUAAGCCAAGCUUGAUAGCUUUUCACAAUGAAAGAAAUGAGCUUGCUCUCGAAGUUGAAUAAGUUUACCGUGUUUAGCGCAUUAGCUGCUUAUGCUGCCGUGUGGUGUUUAAUUAUGGGGAAGGAGAUUCAUGGUCACGUAACCCGAGCUAGGUUGGACUGGGAUGACGUUGUUUGGAGUGCUUUAAUGGAUAUGCAUGGGAAAUGUGGGAGCAUAGCGGAAGCAAGGUCAGUUUUUGACAAGAUGGUGGAUAGAGAUAUUGUUGCCUGAACUGCAAUGAUUGAUAGGUAUUUUAAGGAUGGGAGGUGGGAAGAAGGGUUUCAAUUGUUUUAGUAGUUGAUGAAAUCGGGGAUAAGACCUAAUGAGUUUACAUUUGGUGGGAUUUUAAAUGCGUGUGCUGAUAAUGCUGCUGAGGAAAUAGGUAAGCAGGUUGAUGGAUACAUGACAAGGAUUGGUUUCAAUCCUUUUUCUUUUGCUGCUAGUGCUCUUGUUCAUAUGUACUCCAAGUGUGGAAAUGUUGAGAAUGCAAAAGGGUGUUUAAUGGAAUAUCUAGGGCUGAUUUAGUUUUGUGGACUUCUUUGAUCAAUGGUUAUGGGCAGAAUGGUCAGCCUGAUGAGUCUUUGGAGUACUUUUGAGUUGUUACUUAAAUCAAGUACCGAACCUGAUGACAUUACUUUUGUUGGGGUUCUUUCUGCUUGCGCACAUGCUGGAUUGGUUGAUAAAGGGCUAGAAUAUUUCCAAUCAAUAAAGGACAGACAUGGAUAAACCCAUACUUCUGAUCAUUAUGCUUGUAUAAUUGAUUUAUUGGCCCGAUUUCAGUAAGCUGAGAAUAUCAUUAAUAAGAUGCCCAUGAAACCAGAUAAAGUUUUGUGGGCUUCCUUAUUUGGGGUUGUAGAAUUCGUGGAAACCAUGAACUGGCGGAAAGAGCAGCUGAAGCAUUCCUUGAGAUAGAACCUGAAAAUCCAGCGACCUAUGUUACUGUGGCGAACACAUGCCACUGCUGGUAGGUGGGAUGAAGUAGCAAAAAUCAGUAAGUCAAUGGAUGACAGAGGAGUGGUAAAGCAACCAGGUUUGAGCUAGAUUGAAAUCAAGAGAGAGCUACAUGUGUUCUUAGUGGGAGAUACUUCUCACCCAAAAUCCAGGGAAACACGAGUUCUUGGGUAAGCUUUCAAAGAAAAUGAGGGAAGAAGCGUAUGUCCCCGACACUAAUUUUGUGCUGCAAGAUGUGGAGGAGCAGAAGGAGCAAAACCUCUCAUACCACGGUGAGAAGUUAGCAGUUGCAUUUGGAAUUAUUGCUAAUGCUCCAGGAACACCAAUCAAGGUUUUCAAGAAUUUGAGGACAUAGAUUGCCAUAACUCCAUUAAAUAUAUCUCAAAGUUUGCUAACAGAAAAAUAACUGUAAGGGAUUCAAACCGAUUUCAUUGCUUUGAGGACGGAAACUGUUCUUAUAGAGACUAUUGGUGAUUUAGACAAAAACUUCAUCAGUACUUUCACCAGGCACUGCUGUGUUUCAAUGCAAUUAUUGACUGUGGAAAAUCCAUUUAAAAUACAAAUAGAAUAGAGAAUACUGACUAUGGGGCAUAUUGAAGCAGAUCAGGAAUUCCAGCUUCAAGAAUACAAGGUAUGUUUACUGAAUACCUUGUUUCAUCAAGUGUAUAUACGUUCUAACGAUAAAUUUUGUGGUUUCUUGACAAUGGUUAUAUUUGACUGAGGGAACUCAAUUAAAAGCUAUCUUUUGAUCUUUUCUUGGUACUCAGAACUGGUACAAGUCAUUUGCUCUACUUGGCUGUCUUGUUGACAGAGCUGUUAUUGGGUUGAGCAGUUGAAUUGAAUCUUCUAAAUGUUCAAGUUCAAUCUAACUAGUACUUCUCAAGAGGACAAUGAUCUUUGUCCUCUCUUCAUGCAUUUCCAAAUUCUGAAGAUUCCAUCCCAGCUGUUAUGUUGAAAUGGAUUUUGAGGUACCUCCUGUCACCACCUCCUUGUCUGUUUCUUGAUUAUCUUAUGGAACCGAAGUUGUCCGUACUACCAAAUUUUAGUGCGCCAUUGUAGUUUCCAUAAUUUGCUGGAAUGACAAGGAGAUAUUUACCUGAGAGAUCCCCUGAAGAGAAUGAGGCAGUUUUAGAGUUUCCCUCAUAUGCCGAUGCCUCUGCCAUAGUUCUGUGAAAGGGACCUCAGCAAAGUUAUGAAAUAGCUAUGUUGCAUGGUUCAGCUGCACAAGGAAAUUACCCCAUCAUCUUUGAAUAUGCCUCCAGUCCUUGAUGCAGUUGCUUUAUUUCCAUAACUACGGAUAGGAGUGAGUUCCCAUCGUUCAUAGAUGGACUUGAGAAUGUUGACUGUGUCAUGUUCUUGUGGAAAAACCCAAUAUAGCUCUCUGGUUGAAGUUGCAAGAGCAUUGUUCCUAACACCAGCUGCCAUUGCUACAUCACCAUAGCAAAUUUCCUAUAAAUAUGAUGAGCAAGUUAAAAGCUUUUGGCUGGAAAACUCUGAUUCUUCACUUCAUAUACUUUAUAGGGAGGGUAGCAAUAUAGGUAUUUUUUGAAGAUGGAAAUAACAUCUCUCUAGUGACCUAGUUUAUUAUUUGUUAGAUCUGUGAUGUCUUCCUUUCCAUUUGAUAAUUUAUACUUAACACCUGUAAAAGAAAUCAAGGUUUUGUACAUCCUCUUUUAUUUUUGGUCCCCUUAAAUUUCAUAACAAUUACUUUGGUGAUGAUUCCUGUUGCUUCAUUUCCUAAAUUAAUUUGUACCCUUUUAAAUUUAAUAACAGAAUAAGCAAAUUCCAUAACACUCUCCUCUUGCGGACUUAUUUCAUCUAAUUUGAGCUGAUCAUCAUGCAUGAAGGCUAAGAAAAAUUAAGAAGAAAAAUUGCAGAUAGCUAUACCAUCCCUAAUUGAAAAUCAAGAUGGUCACUACUCAACUUUCUUCUCUUUUUC